CCAGCAAUAAGUCGUUGUUACUCUCUCUCUAUAUUUAUAUACAGAGAUAAACAUGCAGUUUCAUAAACAUUCAUGGGCUGUGCCACUGAUGUCCUUACCUCCACGCAGUUCCUCCAAAUCUGGCGCGUGCAGCUGAACCUUUUCAGUUUUGCUGAUUUGUGCCAUAACUGUUGUUGAAGUUAAAAGUACCAGCAGGCUGUCUGCGGUGCAGGAAAAGCGGACUGCUAAAGCGAGCACAUCCCGAGUGGUUGAAGACCAACCAAAGAGUAAAUACUAGCAAGAUGGUUCCUACCCCACACGGUUUGUUUCCUCGUCUAUGCAGCACGUUUAGUAGCAUAACUGCCUCAGUUUUGGAAAAAUAUAUUUUUAUUUCACGGGUACUAUUGUAAGAAUAGAAUAGAAUAGAGUUUUUUGUCAGGAUCACUUAUGAAUGUUAAACAAACGGGGGAUUAAGAGCGGCUCGUAUUUACUGAGGGAAGCUCGGACAAAGAGACAAAACGGAAGUAGAAAGAGUGAAACCUCUUGCUCAUUUGUCCAUUACCGCCUGCUCGUUGGUCAUUGGUCACGUGACUAUUCGUCAAGUAGGAGACGUUUAGAAACUUCCGGAUUGGUUCACACAGACACGUGUGGUGGCUACUCGCUUUUACUUUGUUUUGUUUUUUGGUGCAGGUUGUUGCUAUACGACAUUAGCGAGAUGUUUAGGUAAUACUCAUCCGUGUCCACCCAAAGCGGACAUAUAAUUGGAGACAACUAACAUAUUUAGAGCGUAUUUUUGUUCGAGGCAGGCUACAAGCGGAUCUUUUUUUUUUUUUACUAUUUCUUGCCAAUGAAGACCUCCUCUAGUUUGAUCUCUGCCCUUUGCUAAUCUGCACAAUGACUGGAGUGCAUCAUUCUCUAAAUGGGAAUCAAUCCGAAGUUGGAUUGAUUCUUGAGUCUUCUGUGGGACAGGGCAGACGGGAUAAAGUGUCUAAUGGUCCUGCUGAAGCAGAGGGGGACUCAGGAGACAGCCUGUUCAUAACCCAAAAGACAUUAAAGUUACCUGAGGCUAGGAGGUUAGGAAGACGACCUCACUACAGCAGGAGGUCAAAGCCCGUAUCUCCCAGAGAACUAGAGGGAAGUGCAGACAGUUCAUCCUCCGCUUCCUGCGAUGAAGAACUGGAAACUCACGAGUGGAGGAGAAGAAAGAAAUACUCCCUGCCGAACUACAGUUUCCCUUUCCUUCAAGAGCGGAAGCGCCAAAGCGGUCCGUUACCCGACCAGAACAAAAGCCUUCAUAAUUACACGAUUGGCGGCUUCUUUAAAUGUCUCGGAGAGCUGAGGCAGAGCUAUCGAAGAGGACAGAAUCUGGAGUCAUCUUUACCAACAGUAGACAUGGAUGGGGAGAACAUAUCUCCAUUGUCAGAAGAAGAUGGAGAGAGGUCAGAAGACGAAGACAUCAAAGUGGUGGAGAGGAAACACUUCAUGGCAUCAUCCAGAACAAAGAGCCAACAGACCUGGUGCAACCAGUUAAAAAAACAACGGAGGAGGAAAAAUGUCACACAAAAGGGCAGAGAAGCACCCGAGCCUGUAACGGAACAGGCAGGUCCAAGACGAAGAAGCCAACGUCUCCUCCACAGACCCCCAGAGCAUACAGCUGUCACUAAGGUAAAGAAGAAGAAGAGGAGGAAAGAAGAGCCAGAGGGUCUGCGCGCUGCAGCAUCUGUGAACAUGCAGGCAAAAGAGACUUCCAGCCUGUCUGAGGGUUGUAGGGCAGCGCAGACCAGCAAUGUGCUGGAAGUGAAUGUAAAACAUGGGAUGAAGGACUCGUCAGGUAAUGGUAACACACUGAGGCAGGAGGAGGGAGGUAUUCCCGAUUCAACACAAAAGAAAAAGAGAAAAAAGAAUAAGCCCCGAGCAGAAAGUGUUGGACAGGAAGCGGACGUGAGAGUGGAGGAUUGUGUGGUUUCAGUGAGCUGUAACGUGGAGGAUGGUGGAAAGAAGAAGAAGAAGAAGAACAGGAAGAGAAGUGGCGAGGAUGUCGAGCAGUUACAGUUGGGCGCAGUUGCCGAACCUCUAAUUGAUGAUGCUGACAUACAGAAGAAGAAAAAAGGGAAAAAAGAACUGGGAAUUGUGAUACCGGACGAACAUGAAGAAGAGGAGGCCUCGAAUAGGACUUUGGAUUUGCCGCCGGUGUCGACAGAGCAGGUCGAGGCGUCGGGAAAUUGUUCCGAAAAUGCUGCGGCUUCUUACGAAACUUUAGGAUCCAGUUUUGUCAAAAGGAAAAAGCACAAAAAGAAGCAACAGUCAUUGAAUAACGAGGCCCCUCAGGACAGAGGAGAGGGUGCAGAUGUGAGCUUUGGUCUGGAUGAUACUGUAACCUUGGCUAAAGGUUCAGAGACGUCACUGAAGAAGAAGAGGAAAAGUCUCUUUGAGGGAAUGAAUUUCUCUUCUUACACUCCUGAAGAAGAGGGAAACCAGAAAACAAAUGAGGGCCUUGAAGAGCAAAAUGCUGAACCUGUGAUGAAGAAAAAGAAGAAGAAAAAGAGUGGAAUAUUUAGCAGGGGUGUAUCUGAAGACAAAGUGGCGCAAAGCGAUGAUUCAGCAUCUGUGCGGGAAAAAGAAAAGAAGACAAAGUCAUCCUUCCUCGUCGCUGAUGCAGAGGAAAACAAUGUGGAGGAACUCAACGACGGGGUCACGAAACGGAAAAGGAAGAGGAAGACGUCUGCAGAGCAGGAGAGCGUGGAAGAAGGUCACGAGCGGGAUUGUGAGGAACCGGACAAAACACGUCGGGGUGCUUUGCCUCAAUCUGCUGACACGGGGAGGAAAAGGAAAAAGAAACGUACAGGAAGUGAGAGUGAAGGAUUGGAUGGUGCAGCCGACGCAGCGUUUUCUCCACAUGAUGAGGCUGCGGUGUUGAAAAAGAAGAAGAAAAAGUGCAACGAUGUGAUGAAAGAGGGUCCACCAACCGCCACGACCUGUAGCUCAUUUUCACGCAAGGAUAAGGGCAAACGCUGUGACAGUACGAACGUGUCUCAGGAUGGCAGUACUCAUGACCAACCGAGCACGGGAACGCUGACCUCAGUCGAAUGUGAUUUAGCGACGUCAAAUGACGAGGGAGACAAGAAGAAGAAGAAGAAGAAGAAAUUAAAAAACGAGGGAAAGUCGUCAACAGAGUCUGCUGAGUUAGAGCCCAUACAAAAUCAAAAAGAGAGGAACGAGCAAUCAACCACACCAGAGACUUCAGACAUUGUGAAAAACAAGCUUGGAAAGCGCAAGCGGAAACUUCAUAAUCCAAACGAGGACUUCUUUACUGAGUGUUAG